GCGGAAGUUGACAGCCAUGUCUGCCACGAGAAAAGCACAUGCGUUAAGCUUCAAAGUUUUAGCGGAGUGUUCAACCACUAAGGCAAGAGUAAGUAAGCUAAUUCUGCCACAUCAUGAAGUGGAUACCCCCGUGUUUAUGCCGGUCGGGACACAGGGUACUUUGAAGGCGAUGUUACCAGAUCAGUUAGAAGAAAUGGACUGUCAAAUUAUUCUUGGCAAUACCUACCACCUAGGGCACAGACCGGGUCCAGAGUUGCUUGAAAAGGCAGGAGGUCUGCAUAAAUUUAUGAACUGGAACCGAAACUUGCUCACAGACAGCGGAGGUUUUCAGAUGGUAUCUUUAUUAAAGCUGGCGGAGAUCACAGAAGAAGGCGUAAAGUUUGAGUCACCGCAUGACGGCUCUACAAUGAUGCUAACUCCAGAGAAAUCUAUUGAAAUACAGAAUUCCAUUGGUGCUGACAUAAUCAUGCAGUUAGAUGAUGUGGUUCACAGUACAACUACAGGACCUAGAGUGGAGGAAGCCAUGUGGAGAACUAUCCGUUGGUUGGAUCGUUGCUUAAAGGCACACGGCAGACCUCACGACCAAAGUAUCUUUCCUAUUGUACAGGGCGGAUUGGAUGCUGAGCUGAGGAAGAAAUGUGCUCAGGAGCUAACAAAACGAGAUGUCUCAGGGUUUGCUAUUGGAGGACUCAGUGGAGGGGAAGAAAAGAGUCAGUUCUGGCGGAUGGUCUCUCUGUCCACUGACCAUCUGCCCCUGGACAAGCCAAGAUAUCUCAUGGGAGUGGGAUUUGCCGUUGACCUGGUGGUUUGCUGUGCAUUAGGAUGUGAUAUGUUUGAUUGUGUAUAUCCCACAAGAACUGCAAGGUUUGGAACAGCGUUAGUUCCCACAGGCCUGCUGAACUUGAAAUUAGAGAAAUUCUCCCGGGACUUCCGCCCCAUAGAUGAGAACUGUGGGUGUUCCACGUGUUCACAGUACACUCGUAGCUACCUCCACACCAUUGCUGGACAUAAACCAGUGGCAGCCCAGUUGAUUACUGUCCACAAUGUGAAAUAUCAGUUGAACCUUAUGAGAGGGAUAAGAAAAAGCAUCAUGGAGAAUACUUUUCCAAAGUUUGUUCAGGACUUCAUGUCAGCUUUGUUUCCCAGUAAAGACUAUCCUGAGUGGGCCGUGGAAGCCUUGGCGUCAGUCAAUGUCACACUUAGGUGACGCAUGCUAUAAGAUCAGAUCUCAUCAGGAAAUAUGGGCUGUGUGUCGUAUUGCCCACUGUGCUGCCAUCUGGUGAAUUUAACUUGGACUAGAAAAGAAACAAAACAAGUGGUCCAGUGACAGCCAAGCAGGCAUUUGGCCGGCAGUAUAAAAGAGGGGAUGUUUUAAAAAAUAUUUUAAAAAAGCGAACCUUUUCAGUCCUUUUGCUGACCCAACUUGAGAAAUGGCAUAGAAAAUAUUUUAUAUAUUUUGAGUCAGAAAAAUGCAU